ACCAAUGGCAACAACAACAAUCGAUGUUUCGGGGGGAGAUGCAGGAAAAAAUGCAAUCAUUAAAUAAUCGAAUUACAGGACUUGAGGGUUCUUAUGUUCAAGCAUCUGAAUCAGUACAGUUAGACGAAUCAUCCGACGAGGAAGUCCAACAACAAAUUCAGGACCAACCAACAACUGCUCAGAAGCCGACAACAACUAAAAAAGUGUCAGCUUUCGGUCGUGUACUGCGAAAAGGGAAACAGUUGGUCAGUCCAUUCACAAAUCCAGUAAAGGAAAAAAAGAACAAACAACCAGUAAUUAAGGGUAUUGAUGUUGACCCCAAGUUGGCUGGGUGCUAUUCAGAGUUCACAAUAUGGUAUGAUCAAGCGUCUGAUAAUGACAGUCGACGCGUCUUCCUCGGGGGACCAGCCGGAACGACAGCCCGUAUGCCCAAACCAUGGUGGACCCAAAUUGUAACACUAGGGCAAUGGUUGGAAAACACGGUAUGUACCCUUCCUUUGUAUUUGUUUCUAUUACUUAUCAUGUUCAAAGUAUGAUGUG